GGAUGACAUCAACUGUAGAAUUAUUAUUAAAGUCGAGGAAAUAGCAGUUUGUUAUCCCCCAACAAUGUUUAAAAUAUGGGACAGCUGUCCAGUGUUCUUAUAGUAUACAAAUGUUCUCUUAUCAGUUCAUGAGAUGUUAAUGCUUGUUUGCAGAGAUAAUUCAUUCAAAGGAAUAACUUCAUUGUAUCAAGUAUUUCAGUGAGUCCUGUAAAAAAUGUAAGCUUGUUUUUAAUUUCAGGACUGAAUUCGUUUCAAUAUGGGAUUAACAUGGCGUUUACGUUUAUCAUAUGCAAUUGGACAUGUUCUAAAUGAUUUAUGCGCAUCUGUAUGGUUUACAUAUACUUUAGUAUUUUUUAAAUUUGGCAUUGGUAUACCAACAAGUAUGGCUGGUUUAAUAAUACUCGUUGGUCAAUUGGUUGAUGGUUUAAUGACACCAGUAAUUGGUCUACUUUCGGACAGAUUCUCAUCUCAGUCAUCUGUACCGUUGUUAAUAUCUUCUUCUUCUUCCCACUCUUUGUCAGCAUCAUCAUCAGUUACACAUAAUAAUUUCAGUGAUCGUUUACACUAUUCUAAUGAACAUUUAGCCAAUCAUAAUAAAAACUACAUGUCUACAGACUCUUCUGAUGUUAUUCAUACUACUGGUAAUAAUAAUAAUCCGUCUUUUUUUCAACAAUUCAACUCUGUUUUAAAAAGAUUUCGACCAUUUGGUCGUAAAAUAUGGCAUCUUUGCGGAAGUAUAUUAAUUAUUUUUUCAUUUCCUUUAAUAUUUGGUCCACCACUUGGUUCAUCCAAUAUUAGUACACUGGCAAAAAUGAUUUAUUAUUUACCAUUAGUGGCAAUUUUUCAAGCUGGAUGGGCUGCAGUUCAGAUUACUCACUUGGCAUUAAUCAAUGAAUUAUCUAUGGAAUCUAGUGAACGUACUUUAUUGACUUCCCUACGUUAUUUAUUCACAGUUCUUAGUAAUCUACUUGUUUAUAUUAGUACAUUUCUUCUUUUACAACAUCAACAUCAUGUUGAUAAUAAUAAUAUCCGUAAUGAAACUAGUAUUAAAAAUUCAAUAAAUAAUAUGUUGCCGUUGAGAAAAUUGCUUAAUUACAAUGAAGUUGAAUAUAUUAUGUUACCUAUGGUAAUGACUUCACAUCCAUUAUCGAAAUGUUCAAAUCACUCACUAUCUUCACCGUCAAUUAUUGAUUUUGGUAAAGAUGAUAUACCAGCUUUUCAAAAGUUAGGUUUUACAAUUAUUGGUGUUGGGGGAUUAACAAUGUUAUUAUUUCAUUUUGGAGUAAGAAAGAAAGAUUUUAUUCACAAUGUACGACCUAUAACUGUUGUAGAUAAUCCUAAUCAUGAAUCUGUCAGUCAAACAAAACAUCCUGCUUAUAUAAUUACUACAUGGAAAGAUUGGUUACGUUUACCAUUAUUUUGGAUUCUUGGCUUUUUCUACAUGUUUGUUAGACUAAUUGUCAAUGUAUCACAGGCUUAUUUAACAAUUUACCUUUUACAUUCAUUACGUUUACCUAAAAUUACAAUGGCUUUAGUUCCUUUAACAGUGUACCUGACAAGUAUUGCUACUACUAUGGUACAAAAACCAAUACAAGAUCUUAUCAGUCGUGAAACAAAUUCCGGAAUCGGAUUGAUUUUUAUCACAAUAUUUUGUAUAUUAGUUAAUUAUCCUGGUAAUCCACCAAUAAUUCAUCGUAUAUACAUUGCUGCUGGUAUACUUGGUAUUGGUUGUACUAUUAUAUUGAUUACAUCAUUAGCAAUGGUAUCAGAUUUAAUAGCAAAAAAUCAACAACAUGGUGCAUUUGUUUAUGGUUACAUGUCAUUUACUGAUAAAUUAGCUAAUGGUAUUGUUAUACAAAUUAUUGAAUUAUUAUGGAAUGAAUGUUCAUCAUUAACAUAUUAUCAAAAUGUUGAAUCAUAUGGUAUUGGAACAUUUGUUCUAUGUCAAUUUAUAUUUUUAUGUAUUUAUAAAUGGCAAAAAAAUGUGUAUAUUACAAAUAGGAAUUCAAUUCAUGAACAUGUAUAAUUUGUAUUCAUAUAACCUUUUAAUUGGUUUGGUUUCGGUUUAUAAACUAUGUAUAUUAAUUAAAGAAUUUUGUAUUGAAUUGUUUACUGAUUAUGAGUGUACUUAUUUUUACAGCUCAUUUUAUAACUUUUCCUUAUAUAUUAUUCAUUAUAUGAGAGAAAAAAUAGUGUUUUACAAUUUGUCUUUCCUCCUCCAACCUCUUUCUCUCUCUCUCCUUCUUCUUCUUCUUCUUGAAUUAUACAAAAAGGUAAAUUGGUUUUUGUAUGUAAUUUAAGUAUAAAAAGAAGUAAUUCAAUAAGCGUUUUACGUAUGAACCUAUCAAUCAUCAUUAUAUAAUAAAAUUAAUGAUUAAAAUCAAUGGCUUAUUAACACUGUCUCGUCUUGUUGGUUACAAACAGUAAUUGAUAAAAAAAAUUUUGUUGCCGAGUCAACAACUCAUUUCUUAUUUUGUUUUCUCUCAACAUCAAUAAAGAAUACAUUUUAGUAAUUAGUUGAUUAUGAUAAGAUUAAAUCUUGACUUGUCUUAUUUAUUAUAAACUCUGUAUUGUAAAUUAUCAUUUUCAUGAUUAUCAUCAAUCUUUUUUCUAUUUUUUUAUUUUUUUAUUUUAAAAUUUAUGUUGAUAUAAUUUGUUAAAGGAUAUUAGUUUAAAUAAAAGUGCGGUAAUCACAGAAUUUCAUAAUUGAAAAACGAUCAAUUCUUACGUAAUUUGUUGCAAUAAUUAAUCGUCUGUUUAAUUUUAUUUUUCAAUGGUUGAGAUCAUGAGUCAGUUGAAGUUAGACCACCAUGGAAAGCCUGGAAGCAAUAAACGGCCGUUUCGUCCUCGUAUGAGACUCCUCAGCCGUGUGCAAACACGACAUCGCCCCCUACGAGAUUCGAACCCAGGAACUAUCAGUCUCACGCGUGAGCGCUUAACCACUAGAUCACUGAGCCGGUAUCCAACGGUGUUAAUGUCUAACUUCAACCAAUCUACGAAAUUGAGCGACACACCCACCAUUGUCUUCAGUGAGUUACUAUCUCACAACAGACCCUGAUGAACUCCACUGGUCACUGCUUCUCACUAGAACUCCAGAAAAUACCUCUUGGAGACCGUCACUAGUGAGCAUAUGAUGAUUAUAAUCAGAGAAGGGUUUUUUGUGGAUAUUAU